CUGUUAGCAAAUGACGUGAGAAUAAAAACAUUUUCCAUAAUGGCUGUUCUGAACAGAAAUACAAAUGACGAUCUCAGAAGGAGCACUCAAGAGGAAGCCUGCGAUUUUCUACCAGUAGCUGAAAACCACAUUGGCUUCAUAAUCGGCAAGAAAGGAAGUACAGUAAAACAAAUACAAGAAACGUCAGGGGCGAAGAUCAGUACUCAGUCAGAAGAAGGUCGCAUCGGAUUCGCUAUUCGUGGUAAUGAGAGGCAAAGGGCCCGUGCAAAAGAGUUAAUUCACAAGAAAUUGGAAACUCUAUCAAGAAAUCAAAGCGUCCCUGGUCGACCGAUUGUGAUUCCAAAAAAGUUUGAGAAACUAGUAAGAGGACCAGAUGGAGACCAUCUUCAACAUGUUAGCACUAUGACUGGAGCUGCAGUAAGUUCAAUAGGACCCGAUCAUCGGCUGUAUGUAAGUGGAUCCAAGAGAAACACAAAGCAUGCCGAGUAUGUGAUAAAAAGCAGAAUGGCCGCGGGAAGAGUCAUGGCUAACAGAAUUUGCGUCUUUAUAGACGAUAAAAAUCUCCCGGAAGAUUGUGAAUUACAGCUUGUCCCUGUUGAGGAAAUGGAGCGCUUAAUACUUUCAGCAGGAAGUUCAUCACAGUAUCGCUUGAAACCUUGUGAAGAAUACGAUAUGGUUGUACAGGGAGCUUAUGCGCUCAAUCAAGCUGUCGCAAAAUAUGAUGCAUCCAUAAACGAAACAGUUUUAACAUCCUUAAGGAAAUUGAAAAUGGAAAUUGGGUCCGGAAAUUAUCACAAAGCUGACCUGUGGUGUCAUUUAGGGAAAAUCGUCAUUCGGGAUCCAGACGAAGCCGACCUCGAGGAGACGUGGAGCAUUGCUGAUUCACUCAACAAGCUUCAAAGAACAGAACAGAAAAAAAACGAAUGGCUUGUGGCAUUUAAAGAGGGCGUGAACCUUGCUGACAAAGUGGUGAGCGAUACAUUUGGUGAUCAGAUAGGGGAGGACUUCAUGGCAAGAUAUGACUUGACGUUUUUGUCCCCGAAAAGCCAAGCAAUGCGAUGUAAGGUAUGGGUAGCAAAUAAAGAUGUGGGAAAGAAACUUGAAGAAAUACCGAUUCCUUUCCAUGACCUGAAAAAUGUUGUUGAAGAACUGCGGUUUGAGGAUGAUUCCACAAGGGCGAGGUGUCGAGGGUGGCUGGUUUUACAGUCCAAGAAAUUUCUCCAGGUUAACAUCAUUUUUCCAGGUUCAGACGUUGAUUGCAGGAUAAGCUUGCGUGCACUUACGGAUGAUUUAGUUGCUAACAACAGCCUUGUGCGCGAGAAAGAAGCGACACACCUCAUAUCAAAUUAUCUUUCUAAGUUGACAUUCUCCGAUGCCGACGGGUUACGCCUUCCAGAAGACGAGAAAUUACCCCAAGGAUUUAACUUUACUCAUCGGAGAUGUUCCCGCCGAACUUUGUUCACCCCUCGGCCUGGAUUUACCAUGAUUGUCUCUGAUGAAAGAUCCUGGUGCAGUGAUCUCAAAGAUGAGGAAAACAGAGUGACGACGGAUAUUCACCUUCAUUGUGAAAAAUGGGAUCAGCUCCUCAACGAACGCGACUGGGAACCAUUAACAAUCUGUGCCGAGUUGCCUGAGUUUCUUCAGUUUGUUCGUCAAGUUCAAGAUUUUAUUUCCUGUAACAGCAACAACACAGCUGAUCAAGAGUGAAGGAUAAUACGCGGGCAUCGAAGAUAUUUCGGACAAUGCCAAACUAAAAUGACAACAAAAAAGGAGACCACAAGUGAGAUGUAUAAACCAGCCACAUAUCCCAAUGCCUCUGUUAGGACUCCUGCUAUGAACAACGAAAACU